UGGAGUUUGAAGAAGAAAUAAAGAAAACUCUCUCUAUUGAAGGAUGAAUUCCAGAAGGAAGACAUGAGGUAUCGCCACCAUAAGAAACAAAAGCAGUCCACCCAAAGCUACAUCUUAAACGCUUAAAGGCCUCUCCUUUAUUUUUUUUUAAAAACAACAAAAAAUCUCGCGGAUAAAUCUUUGAAGCUAAACCCGUCGAAUCGAAUCAUUUCAUUUUCACAGGUUUCUCCUUUUCUUCUGGAAAAAGAAGGAUGUUUCUCCACAGCAGUUUUAGAGAUGGAUUGUCACUUUCCCUUGGUGUCAUCAGUGUUGUGAGUUGGGGUGUUGCCGAGAUACCUCAGAUUAUGACUAAUUACAGUGAAAAAUCCACUGAAGGUCUCUCUAUUGCCUUCUUAACGACGUGGAUCAUUGGAGAUAUCUUCAAUCUUCUUGGCUGCUUGAUGGAACCAGCUACUCUUCCAACACAAUUCUACAUGGCACUGUUGUAUACAGUUACUACAUCAGUUCUCUUUGUUCAAUCUAUAUACUACGGUCAUAUCUAUCCACGGUUGAAAAACAGAAGAAAUCAGAUGGCUGAAGCAGAACGUAUAUCAAACAUAAUCAGUGAUGCCAAAAUUCCAGGCCGGUGGAGAAAUAGCUCUGAUACUGCUCCUUGUGGCGGUCAUACUACACCUAUCACUAUGAUUCCUGGGAGUCAUAGAAAUAGUUUUACCGGAAGAGAACUAUUUUACACGUCGGCAAGAUCUUUGUCGAGUAGUCAUACACCACCAGCUGGAUCUGUCUUAGCUCAGAGAAUGGCUCGUGGUCACAGUGAACCAACUCUUGAAGAGCCCUUGCUUCCUGGGGAUGCCACACCUCCUUCACUGCCUCCUUCCACCAAAUCAAUGCUAUGCGUGGUCUCUGCGUUCAUGUUUCUCGGAACAUUCAACCUUCCCAAUUUGCUAAGUGAAUCAAGAACUAUGGCUUUGGGAGAGAGAGAUAGAGUGUUUGUAGUUCAGGCAGCAAGAAAGCUUUUGCAGGUCACUGGUGGCAAUGUAGUAGAACAUGGUGGUGGAGAAAGCAGCAGAAUUGGAAUGUUUUUGGGGUGGGCAAUGGCAGCCAUUUACAUGGGUGGAAGGCUUCCCCAAAUCUGUCUCAAUAUGAGGAGAGGACAUGUGGAGGGAUUGAAUCCAUUGAUGUUCUUCUUUGCAUUAGUUGGCAAUACGACUUAUGUUGCAAGCAUUCUUGUGAACAGUGUGGAAUGGUUAAAAAUUGCACCUAAUCUACCUUGGCUUGUUGAUGCCGGAGGAUGUGUUGUGCUUGAUUUUCUUAUACUGCUUCAGUUUUUCUACUUCAGCUGUCGCAAAAACAAAGAUGCUGACAAGAAGAACCAUGAAACCGCAGAAGCUGUCUAAGGCGUGACUAUCACCCACAAGGCUUCCAACAGAUACAGUUUUGAUCUGAUCUGACCAGCAAGAUUCAAUCUCAAUUUAUUUGUCUUCUUUCUUUAACGGGGUCUAGUUUAAAAAUUUUGUGCUGAUGAAACUACUCUUGGAUUUGUGAGUUUUAAUAAUAUAAAGUUGUUUCUACUCAGAUAUGAAAGACUAUCUCCAUU